GAUUCUUUCACUUCCUCAUGUAGUACUAUAUAAAACCUGCAUAAAGGGGCAGGAGUUUCACUCCACCUCUUACACUAUCACAGAAUCAAGGGACACACACACCGCAGUCAUACAGAGCAUUACCCAACCAUUAUCAUCGCAACAGGAUGCUGUGUGAAAGUAGGUUGUGGCAUAUGACUUUUUGUUCUGAUUCUGAGUGUGUGGAUCCUCCCACUUGCCACUCAGUCAAUGCUCCUAAAUCUCCUCCUCUGGCCGCCAACCUGUCAGCACAAAUUGAAGUCCCAGUCCACUGCUCUCCCAGCAACUCUUCUCAAGAGCUCCAGUCCCCAGACUUUCAGUCUGUUUCUGUAGCACCCCUGGAUUGCCGAAAUCUGUCUCCAGGCAUGGGCAUCCCUGGUCGAGCACCAUCUCCAGGAACAGAGGCCUUCCUAGUGCCCCCCAGUUGCCACAGCAUUUGCCAACAUUACAAUGAUCUAUACAUUGCUGGAGGCCAGGUGCUGCCUCUCAGUCCUGGUGUAGGCAAUCUAGAAGGCAAUUCCUCACAGGACCCCCACCCUGGGCCCUUCCUGCUUUCCAGAGAUGUUCCUCCUCCCUCCCUUCUUCCUCCUCUGCUCCCUGAAUACAGGAGUUCCAGACGCUGGAGAGAGGGCAGUGUGCGUGAACGUCUCUCUCUGCUGCAGGAUGGUCGUCCGCUUUCUAACUCAGAGCUGAAUGGCUACCUGGAACAGAAGCUGCUGGAGCUGUACACAGAGUACCUUACUGAGGGCCCUAUCAUGGCGUCUGAGCUAGAGCAGAUCACGCUACAGCUGAGCCGAGAGCACAAGCUGGAGACGGGCCAAGUCAAAGACAUGCUUCUCAGCUGCCUGCUGAGAGCCACCAGCAGCCAGCAGUCCAGUGAGUUCAGUACACCAGUGCUGCAGAUCUCCACCCAGACAAAGUGAAAAGGAUGAAGAGAACAUGGAAAAGGAGGAGUGGAAGAGAGGGAUAAAUUACAGCAAUGGGAAGUUAUAGAGCUAGAAUGAGAAGAAAAUGUGUGCACAUUUUUUCAAUUGUACAGUGAAAGUGUAUUAUAACAGGAAGUGUGAAAUUGAGUGUAUUUUAAUGGCAACUUAAAAAAAAAGAUUGUGAUGUUAAAAACAGGGGAAAAAAUGAAGGAACUUGCACUCAAAAAGGACUCAAAAUACUAAUUAUACAAAAUGUGUCAUAGAUGAACACAUUUACUUGGUAAGUCAAGAAGGAAAUGCAAGAUAACAGCCCUCUAAUUUCAAUCAUAACCAUAUAUGAAAAUAAUUUAGUUCCAUCAUUUUGUUGAGCCUGCAAUGGACUGGAAUGCAAUUCAGGGUGUAUUCCUGUGUGCUGUCCAGUGACCCCAGGAUUGGAUCUCUCACAAUCCUGUCAAGCAUAAACUGAUUACUGAAGAGGAAUUAAUGAAUUUUGCUGAACAUGUUGUAGACUUUUUAAUGCUUUAAGCCACUCUGAUCUCCAAAUUGGCCUAGCAGGAACAUAUCUGUAUGUGACCAUGUCUGUUAUCCACCUACAGUUCUGACCCUGUUUUCACCUACUACUGUGUUUGGAUUAAAAUGCUUUUGAAUUAAAAUGACUUUUUUUAUUACUAAAACCCAACACUGAUUUCAUCUACAAAAUUAAUUCAGUAUUUUACUAACAAAAUGUUCUAAUUCACAUUCUAAUAUAUAUUUAUACUACUUGCAGAUAGUAUAGAGCAGUGGUUCUCAACCAAGGGGCCCCCCUGGGGGGCACA